AUGGAGGCCCGAUCAGAUGCAAGCUUCAGGUUUGACUACACAGCCGCCGAUGGGUGUUCAACAGCCACCGAGAGGUCGUGGUUAAGCCAGAUGUGGGUAUAUCGACGGUUUGUAGAGGGGUUUUCACUAAUUGCAGCACCUCUGACUAAGCUACUAUGUAAGGGAGUACCGUUUAACUGGAAUGAUGUGCAGCAAGAGAGCUUCGAGAAGCUCAAGGAGGUACUGACUAAGGCCCCUGUCUUGAUACAGCCAGGGUUAGGUUUGUUCAUCGAGCUUCAAGUUAAACCGAUGUGGAUGGACCAAAUUAAGGGUAAACAGAUGGAAGACGAGUCGUUGGGUCUUCGUUUCCCUCAGGUUGAGAGUAGGGAUACUGUGGAUUUUGGACUGAAUAGCAAAUGGGUGCUCUGUUUUCGUGGGAGAAUUUUUAUAAUGAAGGAUACUGAUUUGAGGCAAUCUAUACUACGUGAGAGGCAUAAUAGCCCUUAUGCUAUGCAUCUUGGUGGAAAUAAGAUGUACCGUGACCUUCGUGAGUUACAUUGGUGGUCGAGUCUUAAGCGUGAAGUUAUCGACUUCGUGGGUAAAUGUCUGACUUGCCAGCAGAAGCUGGCUAAACUAUAUGUGUCUGAGAUAGUGAGACUGCAUGGGGUACCGGUUUCAAUAAUAUCUGAUAAGGAUUCUCGCUUCACGUCUCGGUUCUGGAAGAAGUUACAUGAAGCUAUGGGUACAAGAUUGGACUUUAGUACUGCGUUCCAUCUUCAGACAGACAGUCAGUCAAAAAGGGUGAUACAGAUACUAGAAGACAUGUUAAAGAGUUACGUGAUUGAUCUCCGAGGCAGUUGGGAGGAUUACUUACCGCUAGCAGAGAGAUUGAGGUUAGAUUUGACUUUUAAAGAGGAACCGGUUCAGAUAUUAGAUUAUGAUGUAAAGGUUUUAAGGAGGAAGUCUAUCCCACUGGUGAAGGUUCUUUGGCUUAAUCAUAGCUCUGAGGAAGCCACGUGGGAGCCUGAGGAGACGAUGCGACAACAGUAUCCUCAUCUGUUCUGA